GACGAGCCGCCAUCUUGCUUUUUACGCGGAUUGUUUAAAGGUGAAUGUGAUUUUCCGUCAGUCCGUCGGACUAAAGUCGUGUUUCUGAUACUUUGUACCCACCUGACAUCGACGCUGAGACGUGAACUUAUCUUCGAACGAGUCAAUAUUAGACCAAUAAUCAACUUUAGAUCAACGCCGAACCUGUAGAAUAGUUUCUCUCUAAGAGGGGAUCCGGGACCUUCUGCUGCCACCGGCGUGAAAGUGUUCACGGGCUGUGACAGCGGCUGGAAACGGAGGAGAAGCUGCUACCGCUGUUUGUAGUGAAGUCUUCAUUCACCGCUAAGACUUUAUAUUAAUAACCGGUAAAAUAUGGUGGAAUGACAAUCUGACGAAGACACGAACAAAUGUGAGAAUGAGGUCUGUGUGUGACGUAGGCUGCGAUGGCCGAGUGGUUAAGGCGUUGGACUUGAAAUCCAAUGGGGUCUCCCCGCGCAGGUUCGAACCCUGCUCGCAGCGGACAGGUGUGUUCAACGACCUGCGGUGACCCAAAAUGGACGCCCAGUGUUGAAGAUCAAUCAGGAAGAGCAACAAGAAACACCAUGGAGUCGUUAGAUCGAGGUUCAGGUGGGACGAGAACAGAGGAGGAUUGAUAAGUCCACAGUCAGCGCUCUCAGAGCUCGCAAACAGGAGCUCCUGACCAUCUCCAAUGUUCCUGUGGUGGACUGCCCCCCCUCCCCACCACGUACCGCACCCCCCACCAUGAAGUCGGCUCAUUUCUUUGACCUGAUGGACAAGAUGGAGCAGGUACCAGAGGCUGCAGAGAUGAAGACGAUCCCCCAGAGACAGAAGGCACGUCUGUCCGUCUGUCCUCACAUCCAUCCAUCCUCCACUGCCUCAUUCAUUCAUCUGUUCAUGUCCAUCAAAACACCACACAUCAGUUCUCUAAUGUCAUCAAUUGACUGAUGACGACAGGUUGAAGUGACAGUGUUCAUAUGUUUAAAUGUGUGUGUCGCAUCAACAAUAAAACUCAUGCAGUGUGUUCCUCAUCAUCUCUUUAUUCACCUGUGUGUGUGUGUGUGUGUGUGUGUGUGUGUGUGUGUGUGUGUGUGUGUGUGUGUGUUCAUGUAUUGUGUGUAACUACUGUCUUUGUGUUUCAGGACGACUACAUUCCUUACCCGAGGAUCGAGGAGGUGUUGGAGAGGGGGGGGCCGUACCCUCAGGUCAUCCUGCCUGAGUUCGGAGGUUACUGGAUCGAGGAUCCCGAGGCUUCUCCUCCUCCUCCUCCUCCUCCUCCCACCUCUCUGGAGAGCCGGGGGGAGGAGGGGGGAGGUUUGGAAGGAAUAGAGGAGGAGGACACACCUGCAGGGGAUUAUGGGUACCGUCUGGAGGAGAUCAACGAGGCUGCGCGGGCGUACAGGAAGCACUUCCUGGGCAGGGAGCAUCUCAACUUCUCGUGUUCAGCCAGCAGUGUGGGAAACCUGCUGCUGUCUGUGAGGCACGAGGAGGAGAAGGAGCAGGAGCACCUCCAUGUUAUCGUCAGGUCUCGGGUGAAGAGCGUCUAUCACAGACUGUCACUGACGGAGCUGCCGGACAUCCCCAGCGUACCAGAGCUGGCCAAGCUGCUGUGUGACGAAGCAGCAGGUCUGCGGUUCAGUCCCGUCCUCUACCCGAAGGCGUCUCAGCUGAUCGUCAACUACGACGAGCACGAGGUCAACAACACCUUCAAGUUCGGAGUCAUUUACCAGAGGUUUGGACAGGUGUCUGAGGAGGAGCUGUUCAGGAACAACGAGGAGACGCCGGCCUUCACGGAGUUCCUGCAGCUGCUGGGAGACACGGUGGAGCUGCAGGACUUUAAAGGGUUUCGGGGGGGUCUGGAUGUGUCCCACGGUCAGACGGGGUCUCAGUCCGUCUACACCGUCCACAGGCAGCAGGAGAUCAUGUUCCACGUCUCCACCAAACUGCCUUUCACCGAGGGAGACGCUCAGCAGCUUCAGAGGAAACGUCACAUAGGAAAUGACAUCGUGGCGGUGGUGUUUCAAGAAGAGGCCACGCCCUUUGUCCCCGACAUGAUCGCAUCCAACUUCCUCCACGCCUUCAUCCUAGUGCAGGUGGAGGAGCCCUGCUCUGACAGCACCACCUACAAGGUGUCCGUCACUGCACGAGAAGACGUGCCUCAGUUUGGCCCGCCCCUCCCAAAUCCAGCCGUCUUUAAGAAGGGUCCAGAGUUCAGAGAGUUUCUUCUCACUAAGCUCAUCAACGCAGAGCUGGCCUGCUACAAGAGCGACCGCUUCGCCCGACUGGAGGAGCGGACCCGGGCCGCCCUGCUGGACAGCCUCCAUGAUGAACUGCAGAGACGCUCCCAGAGCAUGCUGGGAUUGACAUCAGGUCUAGAGGAGGAGGGUCGAGCUGAGAACGGACACGCCCACGGAGGACUCCUGGAGUCCAUCAAGAGGGCGAUGAGAGGACGCAGCGUCUCCAUGGAGACCAUGUCGCGAGGCGGGGCGGGUCUGCCCACCAGUCUGAGUGGGGGGGGUCUGGCACACAUCAGUGCCGAGUGCAUCGUGAAAUCUCCUGUGAAGAGGAGAUCAGGACUUUUCCCUCGUCUGCUGAGCGUCGACAGCCAAACAGAGAAACACAACCAGAGAAGUCUCCUCAGUGAGCAGAGGAGCUUCGACAGCUGCCAGCCGACACUGGAGGUGAAGUCAGAGCUGCCGUCCAAUCCCAGCUCUCCAGAGGCAGGACAACGGGACAGGAUUCACAUGAGGAAGGAGAGCAGUAAGAUUUCCAGAUCAACAUCCAGCACCUGCAGCUUCAGCAUCCCUGCUGACGACACACACCUGCUGGCUCAGGCUGCAGCGGUGGAGGGUCAAAGUUCAAGUCCGCUCCUGGUCUGUCGCAGCCCCACAGAGCUGAAAAAUAAAAACUCUCCCAGAUCCAACCUCAAGUUUCGUUUUGACAAGCUGAGCCACUCUGCUGCAGUAAGUCUGUUUGUGUUUGUGUUGUCAGCAGGAUGGACACCACCUCCUCUGGGCUGUGUGUCUCUGUGUUACAGCUCCACUGAAUACAUUAGAAAGAUCAGUUUUUACAUCCUCUGUCCAUUUUACUGGACGUUAACUGGACACAGACGAUGGACAGAGUCAGAGACAGGAAGAGGCCGAGCCGACACAGGAGCUGCUGUAAAGAGCUGUGAGCUUCUCAGAGAGACUGAUGAACAGCUGUGAUGUUUUCUGACUCUAACACUUGUCUCUGUGCUCAGCAGGGACAUUAGACUGUGAGGACAGCAGUGGGAGGUACGUACACUGUCAUGUUGGUGUUUGUAUGAGCUGACUGAUGAAUGCUCUUUAUUUCACUCUGAAACAUCAUGACUCUGUGACGCCUGAAGAGACAGAAGGACGCAGUCAAAAGUCUUUACUCCAAAUUCUGACCUGACUUUAAUGAGAUUUCCUGAGUCUGUUGAUCAUAAAUGUGACGGUGACCUUCUCUACUCUGACGUCCUGAGGUGAAACUGGUUCAGACCAGGUGACAGUUCAAUGACAACAUGUGAAUCUGAAGAAGAAGCUUCUGCUGUUUGUUGGAGUUUGAGCUUUGAUUGAGUUUUUAAUCUCUUUAUUUUCUCUGCAGUUUCAAAAGAAGAACAAGAAGGAGGUUCAGACAGACAUCAGCCUCCAGGAGGAGGAGGAGGAGGAGGAGGACUGUAAUCUGAAAACACACAAACACUCUCUGAGGAUAAAAAGGUGAUCUGAGUCUUUCAGUAUUGAUUAUCUGCUGAUACAGAGUCUGAUCAGAGACUUAUAUCGACCUGAUCAUUAAAUCUGUAUCUGACAUGUUGGAAUGAAAUGAUCGAUCUGAGAUGAAUUAAAGUUGAACUGGAGAACGGAUUCGACGUGAAGUGAUCCUCAGACACUCAAACCCACAACAGACGAGUCACUGACUGAUCCUGAUCCGUUAAAAUCCUCCCAGAUCAGCCAAACACCAGAGUUCUGCUUUAACGGUGGUUUGAUGCAGAAACCCACAGAAACUGCUGAACAGGACAUGAAGCAGUAAAAUAACACAAAGCUGUGUGGAUCUUCCUCUGUGGAUGUUCUACAUAUAUACAGUAUAUAUACACGUGAACAGACUGAACCAGGGCACUGACUGAAUACUAACUGAACUCUGUCUUUACUGCACUGAAAGCACAAACUGUUCCUCCUCUUCUGGCUCUGAUUUCAGGUGUAAAUCUCUUUUUUCUGUGUCUUUAGAGUUUUUGCAGAACAGAGAUAAUAACUGUUUUAUUUUGAAAGGGGACGAUGAGAGGGAAGAUGUAGCAUUAAAACAAAGAUGUCUGUGUGUGUUUAUAUUUCAUGAUGAAAAUCUGAUGUUAUAAAGUUUCUGCAGGAUGAGUUUCACUGA